AUGACCUGUUUUGCCACUGGUUUUGACCACAUAUGUUGUAAGCGUUGGUUGGGAACACAGUACGCUAACAACACAAACACCACAUCGCAAAAGGUGUCGCGAAACGAAAAUGAUAAGGUUCUCGAGUGUCCGCAGAAUUCUAUCGGGUUGAUUGACCGCAAAGGACUGCCUGUAUUGUGUAACUCUACUAAGCGAUGUUCGAGGAAUGCGUUUUGCCACACUGUCGGAAGUCGUUCGAUAUGCUGUGAACGGUACGAGUUCGCUUCGAAUGCUCUUGAACAUUCGGUAACCCCUCCUCCUGCACUGAUUCUACCUUCAGUAACAAUUAUGGACCUUACUAGAUCGAACAAUUCCGAAAAUGCACUAAAAAUCGUGGAAUCGGCUACAAACUACAGAGCAGAAAAAGAUGAUAAAUCUGAGAGGUUGCCACCUCCAUCACUUGUCACCUGUGGAGCACCUGUGUUCCCGUUGUUGAUCGAUUUGCUCGAGCGGGCAUCAGUAGCACUUCCAUUUGUUACGAUCGCAUGCAGUGCGUUUGAUGUCGCAUGGUAUCCAGUCGCUUACUGCUCUGGUCCAACGAUUGUCGUUCACGCAAACGGAUCACGUUUCCGGCCAACCUAA